AUGGAGGAAUUGUCCAAAACUUUGGAACUGAACGUAUUCACGACACUGGCAGAUUAUGUCCGUGGAUGCCUCCGAAUCAUGGGACAACAGUCCAGAAAAGGCGUUAAAAAACCGCCGAACGUGAUGCCAUUGGGAGUCCAGGAGGAGUUGGCAGCACCGCUGAUUCGAUGGGUUGGUUUAUCUGGAAAAUUUACUAUGGCCCCGAUUUACGACACUCGAGACCUCGAGUCAGACGACGAUUCAUUCGUACUCAGCGAUUUGUUCAACGAGAACAACGAUAGCAGAGCAAGUGGUUGUAGCGACGAUACUUUGCAUACUUGCUUGCAGCCAAUGGAUCCGAGCGCUUCUAAAGUAGAUUGUGAAACGGAUAGUUAUGAAGCAACUGGCUGUUCCGAGCUACCACCGGCGGACAAUUCUACCAAGGUGAUGGAUACUCAGAAGGGCGUUUUCAGCGAUGAACAUUGGGAGAUACGUGAUGCUAGUGCUACGGAACUGGAACGUGAUCAAGCCUCCGUUAAGUCGUAUGAAAAUGGUGAUGGCGACUGUGACAUGGAUCCAAAUUUGCUCCAUGAUGUGAUUGGCGAUUUUAUUGCUACUAUUAGCACAAACUUAAAUGAACAGAGCUGCACACUUCAUGAUGUAAGCGAGGAAAAAAUGGCAGACUCCGGUGAGAAGAGAACUCUAUCGUAUCCACUGACAGGUGACGUUAAAAAAGCUUCAAGUUACAUGGUAGUGCCGGACAAGGCCAAAGGGGCACCCAAGCAUCAGGCGAAUAACAAAGCGAAAAAAGUUACUCUGGAAUCGAUGGGAAAAUUUUCAAAUCAUAACGGGAAAGAGUACAUCAAGGCAAAGCGACCCUCAUCGGUCAAUAUGCCACAACUUGGCUUCUCAGCUCGACUGACAUACGAACAGUUGAAUAUCGUCAUACACAAUCAAGGAUCGCUGAUGGUUACCGAUGACAACUUUGUGGCAAUAGUGAAGCUCAACCGACCGCACCUGCUGAUUGAUACACGGAACUUUCGACAUGCGACUGAAGUGCUACUCGAUGAACUUCGCGUCGAUCGUGUGUUGCUGGAUGAAGUGACCACAGACAGGGAUAAGCACCGGGAGCUAUUUCUAACGAGCUUGGAAAAUGUGAUCAAACAAUUGGCUGCAGACGAAGGGCAAGUCAACACGAGAAUCGAGCUGCUGAAAUUAGUCGAGAAAUCCAAACAAUGCAGAAGUCUGACUUAUUUUGAUCUCUGCCGUGAGGUCAUGAAUAAUCGGUUUAAGAACGAAACGCUGCAAAGGUAUACCCAAAUAUUGGACAGUAUAGAGCGGACAGCGUCUCGAAGGGAGAGAUUAUUCCGUCGAUUCAGGCACGUUCCAAAGGACAAUUCUCCGAAUCUUUUCGUGCGGCUGGACGCAUUGGUAAUGGAGAUUGCUGAGCUUCACAGGAACAAGUUGAUUACGAAAGCACCAGCGUAUUUGCAUAAACCACUCGGCACCAUUAGCCUGAAGCAUUUGAUGUUGAUAAGCAGUAGCGAUGUGAAGCUGUUUACUGAUAUGACCAGCGCUCUGAAACCGGAAAUUUUCGACAAACCCCUUCAAGAUCUAGCCAACCGUUGGAUCAAUCGAGUCAAGUCGAUCAAGGACAAUCGCCUCGACAAACCUCUGCAAUUGACUAGUGUCAGUUUAUUUUUCAUUUGCAAGAGCUUGGAGGAGGUGAUUAUCGAGAUUACCGAGCGCACUGAUCAACGAGAAACGGAUUUAUUGACGAGCUCUAAUUUGGGGUGGCACCCUAUCAAAUUGCUCGUCUGGAAAACGGAGAACGCAUUCACAAAGUGUUUGCAAAGGGAGUACCAUUUCAUUUUUCGACUCCUAAAGCAUUUUGAGGUGGCGUCUGAUUUCGGUCUACAUCCAUUCCCAUACGAGACGCAACUAUUCAACAACGGCCAGUCAUCUUCCCGAGGAGUUUUGAGUGGGGUCAAGGAUGCGUUAGUUCGAACUGGACGAUUUUUCGGGUAUAGUAGUUACAAACCGAAUCCAUUUGGGGUUCCAGAUGACUUUUACGUUUGGUAUUGUCUGUUGGAUGAUGUCUUGUUUCAUGUUCUACCAAAUGGCUGCGAGCUCGAUUCGUUCGAUAAUGUGUUCGAAGAAUAUGUCCAAAUGAUUCGUGACGCAAAGUAUGAUCAGAUGGAAACUCUGCGCGUUGUCACGCAUAAUCUAAUUCGCUUCAUCGCCCAAUCCUGCUCGUAUCAUAACAGGACAUCGCUGGAUAAGGCUGUUCUCCGGAAACAACUGAAUAUUUUCAGCUUCAAAACCAAUCAGACCGUCGUCUCUUCGAACAAUUUUCGCGACCAGGUGGAUGUGUUCAACCGGUUUUGGAAUACUCGAAGUGACAUCAUUGAUCAAUUUUCGACGAAGAUAAACCUCCCGGAGAUAAAUUUGUUGCAAGAACGCUUGAUGGAAAUCAUGCAGAUCGGUUUGGACAAGAACGUUGAGGUGGAUACGAUGGUGGCAUUCUGCCGUACGUACAACGACUUUCUCAUCGAUCUCAACGAAGUUUCUUUUGAAUGGUACAUCAAAGACAUUCCCGAGUUCGACAUGCAAUCGGUUAUACAUCUGGGAAAAGUCGAAUUGGUCGAUAACAAAUGGAAGGAUACGAACAAUCGAACUUAUCGGGUACUCAAUCCAGAGAAGUUUCCUACAUUGUGUAAGGGAUUAGGCAUAACAGUAGCUGUACCGAAGCAUUACGUAAUUGAGGUUAUUCAAGCUCUGCUUGAGCACAUCGGCUCGCAGCUGCAGCGGAAUUCCUGGGCAACUGAUGAAAAUCUUUCGGAUACGGACCAAAUACUGUCCACUAACGAACUUAUUUUUGCAAUCAGAAAUUCGCUGCUCUACCUCAAAGAACAGAUCGAUUACGUUUCGUUCGAUCUGUUCUACGACGAACGUGUAAAACCUUUUAUCAGCGUUCUCGAGACCACCACUUCACGACAGGACUUCUCGAACCGUAUCUACCUCAUCAAGGAGUCGUUCUGGUACAUUAGGAAGCAGAACGAAAUCAGCUUCGAAGACGCGCUGCAGCUGUAUGACGAGUUGAACAGUACACACGAUUUGCAAUUGCUCCGCGAGUCGUACGCGAUGUAUUCAAAGUUUUUCGAGGAAUUUAUGCAGCUGUCCGUAGACGAAGAGCACUCCGAAAGAGCAGCGCUCAUCGCAGAGAAGGUGAAAGAUCAGCAUUCAGAUACUACUCACUUCAAGGCGUGGGACGAUCGCUUCAAGCAAGACCAAGUUCCCAAAAUGCUUGCUGGAUUGGCUGCAGUGUGGUCGAUUCUGGUAUCAAAGGACGUGGCCAAAGCAGGAAAGUACUUCAAUCCUCAUUGUAUCCAGAUUUUGUGCAUCCUACGAUUGCUGAGCGCUGACAAAGCCGACGAAGGAAUCGACAAACAUUUGGCUCAAGUGUUGACAGGACAGGGUAAAUCGUUGGUUUUGGGACUUCUCGCGGCACUAUUUGCACUGACCGGUCAUAGAGUUCGCAUUGCUUGUUACAGCAAGUAUUUGGCCAAGCGAGAUGAGCAGGACUUUCUCACUUUUUUUGAGACGUUUGAUGUUGCUGAAGAUGUAACAUACGGCACCUUCGAUGAACUAGCCAAUGAAAUCAUAGCUCCGAAGGUUGAUGGUCAGACAAUUGAACUCAGAGGUCUGGUAAGAGAUUUACUGUUCAAAGAAAAGGCUAUUCUUCCACAUCAACUCGUCAUGGCUGAUUCGAGUAAAAAUAUUCUGCUGCUGGACGAGGUCGAUGUAUUCUUUACGAAAGAAUUUUAUGGCAAUACAUAUAACCCAGGAUGCACACCUUUGAUUCCAGGACUGGAUCUUAUUCAGGAGCAAAUAUGGAAGUAUGUUGUCGCUGGUUGGACGGAUGUAGAAAGUCGUAUUCGACAGUAUAUUCAAAGUGGGGAAUUCAAAGAGCAAGGUGGAAGGUUUUUCGAAUUUCUCGAAAGACCAAAUAAUUACAGUUUGAUUAAAACUGAUGGAACACAGAUAACUUACACCAAUAAGACAUUGUUUGACAAUCAUGUUAGAAUGAUGAUAGACGACGCCGUAAAUGUCAAUAAUGGAUGGUCUUGCGCAGAAUUUAAAUUGAACUCCGCUGGAGUAAUUACCUAUUAUGAUCGAGGAAUGUAUGUGUCUCAUACUAUUUGUGGUUAUCUCAAUGUUUUCAAUUAUUUCCGAUUGAAAAAGACAAAUUUCGUCACUAAGGUGAAUGGGACAAAAAAUUAUGGGUAUUUGAAAAUCUGCUGUGGUUCCUUGUCCUACGCCAUGCUCCCGAAGAACUACCCGCUCAUUAUCGGUGUCUCCGGAACUCUGACUUCGCUGAAUCGAUAUGAAAAGGAUACAAUUGAACGUUUGUACAACAUCAAGCAAAUUUCCGUGAUGCCAACGUUCUUCGGCUGCUCGAACCUCCAGUUCGACGAAAUCGUCAAUUUCCACCACCACGCCACGAAACCAUCCUGGAGAACCAACAUCUUCAGCCAAGCUAAUCAAAUCAUCGCAGUCAAUCGAGCGGUGAUCAUCUUCUUCGAUACCGACGUCGAGUUGAAUGCAUUCGAAACAGAAUAUGCGGGACAGCUAGAUCGAGUGAACGUGCUGACCGAGAACACCGAAGACAAAGAAAGGUUCAUCAACGAAGCAGGAGUGGCCAAAACAAUCACUUUGGCUACCCGUGGAAUGGGCCGAGGAGUCGACUACAAGUCCAGCGUGACUGUGGAGAAGAACGGCGGAUUGCACGUCGUUCAAACGUUCUUUUCGAUGGAUAUCAAGGAGGAAACCCAAAUAAAAGGACGGACCGCCAGGAAGGAUAAUAAGGGAAGCUAUGAGCUGAUUGUGUGUGACGAGGAUUUGCAAUCGGUUGGGCUUAUGUCCGACCUAAGCAAUGUAAGCUACGCCGAGUUGGAUGCCGCAAGAAGCAAGAUUUCGCUUGAUGAAAAUGCAGAAUUGUCGAGAAAAAUACAGGAUGGUAUGGUUGUUCACCGGAACACGAUGAACUACAUGAGUACAUUUUAUAAGAAGGCAUAAGAUUUUCAUUAACACCUUAAGCUGGAACAUUGUAU